CAUACACACACACACACGAUAAUAAGAUAAAAAUAAUAAUAUAGAUUUUAAAAUUUGGCCAAAGUAGUUUGCAUGCUUUUUGUGGGUGUGAGAUAAGGGGCUUGGCAUGAGGGUGGGGGUAGAGUCAGAGACAGAAGAAAACAAGCAAACCAGGCCAUUUCCUUUUAGAAGUCAUUUGACAAAAAGGUGAAUUUCAGGUCUGAAUUGAGCUAAAUUAAAUAUAAAAAGGACAAUGAGGAAGACAUUUACAUGUAACGAAUCAAUGAUCAUCACCAUUCCCAUUAGAAGUCUCAAGGAUGUUCAGAUGGGUCAGCUGAUGCCAGAAAACUUCCACUGCGUGUUCAAAGAUAACUUCAAGGUCUUUGUCACUAAGGGGAAGCCUAAACCAGUCGGUGCCGCCCAAGCCACUGCUGGCGUGUUUAUUAUCGCUCUUGGUCUGCUUUGUCGGGGCUUCCUCAUCUUCAAUCUUCUAAGUGUUCUGUUUGUGAUCUCUGGUAUGUUGUCCUAUGCUGCAGGGACUCGUCCAAACAUACACUUGACAAAACUGUCAUUCUCUAUGAACAUCAUCAGCUUCUUUUGGUCACUUGCAGCACUUUGUGUCUUCAUAAUAAUCAUAUUUCCAGGCCCAACCCCGGAGAUUAAUGGAAUCCUAGGACUGAUAGUAAGUCUGCUUGUUGUUGAAAGUAUGAUUGCGCUGUUCUUGGUCUACUGGUUGAGUAAAGCCAUUUGCAGAGAACAUUUCAACACUUUGCCCACCAUACUGCUGAAAGAGACUGAAGCAAACCAAUGAUCAACUCACAUGAAUGCGGUACAGCCUGAUAAUGUCAUUUCUCCCCAAUAUUCAAGAAAAAACUGAGAAAAUCCUCGUUGUUUCUUUGCAAGAAUGCUUGGAAAAACUGCAAAAAUGCAUAAAUGACUGGCAUGUUACUUUCGUUUAUAUACAAUUACCAGUUUAUAUAUAUAUAUUUAAAUUCUAGUAGGCUGCACAUGUUCUUGUUAAAUUAGAGAAAAUACAGUCAGCUAAUCUCGACACGCAGUUCAAGUCUCUUGUUUUACAUAAUUUUUGAAAAGCUUUGAAAAGUUUUUACUCUGAGUGCAAAUAAUGCAAAUAAGGACUGAUGAUCUAAUGUUUUUCUCUAUCUCUUUCUUUUUUAUGUUGGCUGAUAAUUUGACUGUACAUAUCUAAAUGAAAGAAUACAGGAUUUUUUUCUACCAGGACAGCUGUUAAAUCAAACCUGUAAAAUCUGUACAUUUUUAGAACUCAACUAUAACAUCAUUGAAACUUUCAAUAUUUCAUGUGCUAAUUUGUACAAAAGUUUAUUUUGUUUUGGAUUUGUUCAACAAACUUUAAAAUGUUAGCUUUACUUAUUGUCAUCUUGUAAUCUGCCUAACAUAUAAACGAGUGCCACUUUUUUUUGUAACUAUAGAUUUAGUGUCUUUUUUGGAUUAAAAUGA